GUGGAGUCGCUGCAGCCUCCGCCGCCCAGAGAGAACCCCUGGACCAAAAAGCCGCCGCAGCACCUGCCCCCCGCCACGACGGAGCUGUCGCCGGCCCCGCCGGACACCCUGGAAGCAGAGCUCAGUUCCCCAAAACCUAUAAAAGCAGGAAUACUCAAGACAAAGAAAUCCAACAAGGCCAGUGAUUUCAGCGAUAUGGCUCUUUGGCCAACACCAGGUGAAUUAGUGAACACUGGAAAAACCUUUUUGCAGUUUCAGAGUGUCCUAAGCCAAGGAAGUAAGAAGCCACAAAUUAGAAAAGAAAAAGAAGAGAAGGUUGAAAAGAGAAGUAACAGUGAGAGCAAAGAAAACCGGGAAACAAAAUUCAAUGGUCCUGGUGAAAACGUGAGUGAGCAUGAGGCUCAUUCAAGUAGUCAGCGAAAGAGAGCUAAUAAGCACAAGUGGGUACCGCUCCACUUAUAUGAUCUUAGGCCAGACAGUCAAGAAAGACCUGGAUCCCGGAAUAACUCAAGAUAUCAAGCUGAAGCAAAUAAGUCAGCACAUAAUAACAGGAGAAAUGAUACACGAAGUUGGAGGCGAGAUAGAGAAAAAAGAGAUGAUCAAGAUGAAGUAUCCAGUGUGAGAAGCAAGGGUGGCACUAUCCAAGGUUCUUUUAGAGGCCGAGGAAGAGGCCGAGGAUGGGGAAGAGGACGAGUGAACUUUGAGUGUACAUGUGGUUAUGGAGAACACGGUGAAAGGACUGAUCAGCCAUUUCAAACGGAAUUUAAUACCAGUAUGAUGUAUUACUAUGAUGAUGGGACAGGCAUACAGGUGUAUCCUGUGGAGGAAACAUUGCUUAAAGAAUAUAUUAAACGCCAAAUUGAAUAUUACUUCAGUAUAGAAAAUUUGGAACGAGACUUCUUUCUUCGGAGAAAGAUGGAUGAACAAGGUUUCUUGCCUAUUUCACUGAUUGCUGGUUUUCACCGUGUUCAGUCUCUCACCACAAACCUUAAUCUCAUCUUAGAGGCACUGAAGGAUAGCACAGAAAUUGAAAUUGUGGAUGAGAAAAUGAGAAAAAGGGUAGAACCAGAAAAAUGGCCAAUCCCAGGCCCUCCUCCACGAAUUGUGCCACAAACAGAUUUCUCUCAACUGAUUGAUUGUCCAGAGUUUGUACCAGGACAAGCCUUUUGCUCACCAUCAGAGUCUGCCCCAAAUUCUCCAAGAAUUGGAAGUCCCUUGAUUCCAAAGAAAAAUACUGAAACAAGUAGUCUUCAAGCAAUGUUUAGAGGUUUGUCUACCAGUUUACCUGACUUGGAUUCAGAACCUUGGAUAGAAGUAAAGAGGCAUCACCUGCCCCCAAUCAAAUUAAAGAGUCCAAGAAAGAAAAAAACAAGACAGUGCAAGUGCCCUUCUGAGUGUCAUGUUGGUUGGGUAAUGGAUUCCAGAGAUCACGGGCCAAGAACAGCUGCUGUCAGCAGUUCAGACCCUUCACCUUCAGAAGCUGCAUCACUUGUGGGAAGCUGUGGAUGUACUCCCCACUCACUCCCAAAGUUCCAGCAUCCUUCUUAUGAACUUUUGAAAGAAAAUGGCUUUACCCAACAAGUAUAUCAAAAGUAUCGUCAAAGAUGUCUAAGUGAGAGAAAACGUUUAGGAAUUGGACAGUCCCAAGAAAUGAAUACCCUCUUUCGUUUCUGGUCCUUUUUCCUCAGAGAUCACUUCAACAAAAAAAUGUAUGAGGAUUUUAGACAACUUGCUUGGGAAGAUGCAAAAGAAAAUUACAGGUAUGGGUUAGAAUGUCUGUUCAGGUUUUAUAGUUAUGGACUGGAAAAAAAAUUCAGACAAGAAAUUUUUAAGGAUUUCCAAGAAGAAACCAAAAAAGAUUAUGAAUCUGGUCAGCUGUAUGGACUAGAAAAAUUUUGGGCAUAUCUGAAAUAUUCUAAAUUUAAGACACACUCUGUUGACCAAGAGCUUCGGAAAUACCUCUGUACUUUUAAGAAGUUAGAAGAUUUCCGCAUUGAUCAGCCCCCAGUUACUGAGGAAUUUGGAAGAAAAAGGUAUUCAUCUACUUCUGCUGAGGAGAGUAAUAGUCCCAGCCUUCUGUCUAAUUCUUCUACAAAGCCACCAAAUGCUGCUAAGCCUACAUCUCCCACGCAGCUUCAGGUGCCCGUAAACUCCCAGAAGGCGUCCUUCACAGGAGUCCAGAGAGAGUUCACACCAGAACCAUGCUGCUUCCGUUUCAGCAAGUGAUGAAAUUCCGGAGAAACAGGCUCUUACAAAAAUUGUGUUACCUUGAAGUCAACAUUUAUACAUCAGUAUUGGAAAAAAGUCUUCUGAUAUUUAAUUGCGAUAAUCAGAAAAAAAGAAAAAUAGUAGCAUUUUUUUUUAAGCAAGAUAAAUUGCCAAAGUAUUUUCCCUGGUUUCACAAACAUAGGGUAGUUUUGGUGACCUUUUCUGGAGUAAUGCAUUUUGGCCUCAGUAUUUUUCUAACACAUUGUUUAUAAGAACAGCAUUCCUUAAAUAUGUUCAAAAACAACACAAGGAAUGCCUCAUAUUUCAGCUCGUGCUCCUUAAGAUAUAGUGUGUUUUAUUCAGCUCUUCUAUAGAGCUCUCUUGAUGAUCCAAUUAUUUCCCUGUCAGUUCAUAUUGGAACUUAUAGAUUACUUAUGUAUUUUUUAAAUUCAGAGAAAAUAUGAAAGAUACAUUUACUUUUUCUUUCAGAU